GUCACACAGUAACACACACAUUCACACACACAAACACAAACAUGCAGCACACACUCAGAUCUCAGUAAACAAGCUGGUGACAGUGAGCAGGACGUGAACCGGGACUCUCAGGAGCAGAGAUGGGUUUGGGGAGGAAGCUGGACGUCCCAGUCUGUGAUCUCUCUCUGCUCAGAGGGAUCUGGGAGGUCAGAGUGAAGAAACAACGACAGAAACAGAACAAGGAACAGGAGAGGAUCGAGAAGAGCGCCCUCCCAAAGAUUGACCAGCAAUGGCAGUAUCGUAUCUACUGUAAGACACUGAAGUCCCAAGAACGCAACAUCCUGCAUCAAUACCUGGAGAGAUCUACACUGACUGAUUUACAGCCUUACAGAGAAUCAGAGCAGCAGGAUCAGAAUGAGCAGCAGGAUCGGUCCGACGUGGAGCAGAGUAAGCUGAUAUUCAAGCUGGAUGGAGAACGUUGGAUGAAUUUCCCCAAAGAGCUGCAGUGGAUGACCUACCUGAAAGAGUGGCACGUCACAGGGACAAAGAUCUGCCGGCUGCCCGACUACCUGGCAGCGUUCACCCAGCUCACUGUGCUCGAGAUCCCCAAGAACACUAUCGGAGAGCUGCCGCCUGAGAUUGGUAAACUGACUGAACUGAGGGAUUUAAACGUCAGCUUCAACCGUCUGUCCAAAGUUCCUCCAGAGCUCGGAAACUGUGAGAACCUGGAGAGGCUUCAACUCACAGGAAACCACAACCUGUUCGAGCUUCCGUUUGAGCUGAGCAGCCUGAAGCAGCUGGUUCACCUGGACAUCGCGGAGAACAAGUUUGUGUCGAUCCCCAUCUGUGCUCUGAGGAUGACCGGCCUGCAGCUGCUGGACCUGAGUAACAACAGCCUGACUGACCUGCCGCAGGACAUGGACAGGUUGGAGCAGCUGGACACUUUGUUUCUCCAUAAGAACAAGCUGAGUUACCUCCCGCACUGUCUCACCAACAUCUCCACGCUGAAGAUGAUCGUGGUCAGCGCUGACGAGCUCACCUGUGUCCCAACCAGACUGUGCUCCAAUCCUGAAAUCAAGUUCAUCCGACUCUACGACAACCCGGGGAGCGCAGAGAAGAAGAAGAAGAAAGAAGAGGAGGAGAGGAAGAAAGAGGAGAAGAAGAAGAGGUGGACGGACUCUAGAGUGGAGGAGGAGAAGAAAGACAGCGGAGAGAAAGAGUUUAUGGAGGUGUACGUCAGCUCACUGAAGGACAGAGAAACCGUCCCUUACUCCACCACCAAGGUCUCCAUCUCCUGUGUGCUGUGAGGAAGAGUGUGAGGACACACACCUGUUCUUGUUUGUGACACACUGUGGGUCCUUGUGAGGUGCACUUUAUGCAGUAUGAUGUAGAAAUGAUGAACAAAUGGUCUGCGGGGGAUUUUGUAGCAGUACCGUAAGUGACCACCAGGGGGAGUGAGCGAGCACUGGGUAACAUAUUUCACAAAAGAAAGUCAAAAUAUUCUGACAUUUUAAGUCGUUAAUUUAAGUUAAAAAAUGAGGAUGAGAAGAUGACAGGGUGACUCAAAGAAAGAAAAAUAACAAAUAUUAACUUGUUUUUUUUAACAUUUCUCCAACAUUACCUUUUGAUUUUUGUUUUUGAAACUUCUCGUACGAUAGUUUGAUUCCUGCUAAGUUUCUGAAUGUUUGUGUUGUUCAUGGUUGAGUAUCAGGAGUGUUAGAAUCAUUCUGCAGAGUUGUUGGUGUGCGCAGGUAGCUGGUGGAUUUGAGACGUAAACACUGUGACCAAAUGAGGCUGAACGUCAGAGAAAUGAGAGACUGUCAGAGAAAAGGCCGAUUUAUAGUUUGACUCCACAAAACACUAAAUCACUAAGUCAGUCUAAUCGUUGAAUUUGAUACGUUUGUGCAAUAAAAUGUGAAGAGUUAGAACUUAUUAAAACACAUUUACUGAUUUUAUUUAUUCUUUAAGUUUUAUUUUUUGGGCAUUUUUGCCUUUAAUGGAGAGGACAGCUGAAGAGAGACAGGAAAUGUGGGGAGUGGAGGGUGGGGGAGGACAUGCAGUGAAUGGUCGAGGCUGGAAUCGAACCUGUGACCUCUGCGACGAGGACUAUAGCCUCUGCAAGCUU